AUGCUUGACCCCUACUACCGCACCAUUGACGGUUUCAAGGUGCUGGUUGAGCGCGAGUGGCUCCAGUUUGGCCACAAGUUUACCGAUCGCUGUCGUAGCACCACUCUGAACAUCGACCUGAACGAGCGCUGUCCCGUCUUCCUUCAGUGGCUCGACUGUGUUCAUCAACUCGUCAGGCAGUUUCCCUGCGACUUUGAGUUUAACGAUUACUUUCUGGUCAAGCUGGUGUACCACACGUACUCUUGCCUCUUUGGUACGUUCACCUGCAAUAACAUUCAAGAGCGAGUCAAUGAGAAGCUGUACCAGAGCACCAUCUCACUGUGGUCGUAUAUGGAGCUCGAGAGGAGUAACUUCACCAAUUACUUGUACUUUCAGAAGUCAGAGAUUUUGAGACCCUCUUAUCGAGUGAAGGACAUGGGCCUCUGGAGCGAAGUCUACGUGCCGGUCUCGGGCACUAGCGUGGCGAAAAUCAUCCCAAUGCCCGACUGUCACGAGGACGUCUGCAGUGGACGGAACCUGUUUGUCACACGAACCAAUGACAUGGACUCGUCAACGGCACUGAACGAAGCGAACAUUGACGAGAGCGGAAUAGAGAGUGACGCUUCCAAGGCGGAACUGAACGGUCAUUCGCAGUUCAAAACCGAUCUCAACCGAUCGGCCUCACUUGAGAACUUGUCAUGCGGCAGUCUGACCGGCGGAAGCUCUAGCGACAACCUUUCCCGAAGCGCCCAGCAGUCAGCUAAACCCGAAAGUAAACUGCAGGUGCGCCACCUCAGCGACUCUUGCCUCUACGAUGCCAAUGUCUCCAAUGACCGAGACAGCUUCCUCAGUUCAAGUGUACGAACAAACAACAGCAACUGUGAUAAGGAACUUCAAAACGGUACAGUGUGUAAUGGUGAAGCGCAGGAGGCCAUGUCCCGAGAGGAGGCAAACCAUCUGCUGCCGCCAGUCAACGGCAACGGCAGCACCGCCAACCAUCGGCAUUUCUCGCAAUCAGGCAAUCGACCGCAGCACUGCAGUCGGCAGUGCUCCAACAACAAGGUGAUGACUGAAAAUGGUGGCGACGUUAUCACCAGUGAACUGCUGAACAUGGUCAACGAGCCGACGAUUGAUUUUGACGGGCAGAUUGUUGUCAAGGAUUACCUGCAGCUACAGCAGCUGGUCAUUCGAUACAAGAGAGAAAUUGACGUCCUGACGAAAGACUUGAAGCAUGCACAGGAGACGAUAAGUCUGUUACGAAGUCAGCAAUCAUCCACAACCUUACACACCUGUCCCUAG